AUGGCUAGCAAGAGACAAACUUCUUUAUUGGCUUUUGUGAAACCUCCAAAACAAGCUAGAGUAUCACAAAGUCCUCUUGAUGAUAAUGACUCUGAAACAGUUACUUUGGUUGACCAGAUUGAUCCACCUGAGUCUUCAUCAACAGCAACUUCUCUACAGUCACAAUCAGUUGCUAGUACACCAGUUUCUUCUAUAAAUACAUCUCCUUUUCAAGCUUCUGCUUCUCUUUCUUCUGCUUCUUUUCCUGGGGACAUAGCAAAGAACAAGGAUCAAACACCAUUUCAACCAAGGCUUAGUUCAUUUCCAUCAAAAAUGUAUGGAAGUGUGAAGCGAUCUUUUCAAGAACGAUGGUAUCAUUUAUUCCCCUGGCUAGAGUACUCAAUAGAGCGAGACUGUGUGUACUGUUUUCCAUGCCGCUUUUUUGGUGUUAACACUGACAGAUGUCUAAGUUACCAAGGCUACUCUGAUUGGAAACAUGCUUUAGGGAAAAUAGGUACACUUACAACUCACGACUCUUCUGUUAAGCACAAGGAGGCCACUCUUACUUGGAAGCAGUAUCAGUCUACUAUAGCUCAUGACACUUCAAUUGCCAAUCAACUUGAAAGAGGAAGACUGAAGACCAUACAGGAGAAUCGUGAAUAUGUGAAGUACAUUCUGGAGGUGAUAUUGUUAUGCGCUCAACAGGGAAUUGCUCUUCGUGGUCAUAGGGAGGUCAAUGACUCUGAGAAAUCAACCAAUAUUGGUAACUUUCUCAGCUUAGUCCAAUUGCAUUCCCGUCAUAUUGACUUGCUAAGAGAGAGACUGGAGACUGGCCCUAAGAAUGCUUCCUUACUUGGUCACCAUUAUCAAAAUAGCAUGUUGAGUGUACUUGCUGAGUCUGUUCUGGAGUAUAUAAUAUCUGAGGUUAAGUCAGCACGUUACUACACCAUCAUUGUUGAUGAAACCAAGGAUGUGAGUAAGAAGGAACAGCUCACUUUAGUGCUGCGAUAUGUUUUAGAGGGAGUAGUUUAUGAAAGAUUUGUCUCAUACACAUACUGUGAGGAGCUCAAUGCUGCUGCUCUUACAUCAUACAUUUACAAGGCACUUGACAGCGUACAUCUGGAUAUACAGGAAUGUGUAAGUCAGUGCUAUGAUGGAGCAUCUGUGAUGAGCGGAGCUUACUCUGGAGUGAAAGCUCGAAUACAGCAGGACAAUCCAAGAGCCAUAUACAUACAUUGUCAUGCCCAUCAGCUAAACUUAGCUCUUGUAGACUCCUGUCGAUCACUCUCACACGCAUCAGAUUUCUUUUCUCUUAUAGAAAGCCUUUAUGUUUUCAUAUCCUCCUCUGUUCCACACAGUUUGUUUCUUACAAAGCAGAAGGAACUAGGACAGAAAGAGAUAACACUUGUGAAGUUGUCAGACACCAGAUGGUCUUGCAGACAUGCUUCCAUUAAAGCCAUCAAGACUACAUUGCCUGCUCUUCUAGCAACUCUGGAAGACAUAGCUGAUGAAAGUGGUAGCAGAGCAAUAGAGUCCCGAGGACUGCUUCACCAAGCCCAUUCAUUUCCUUUCAUUCUUUCUUUGAUUCUUUUUGAAAAGAUUUUCUCUGUAACUGGUAACCUGUCAAACCUCCUACAGGCAGAACAACUAAACUAUGCUGGAGCAGCAGCCUGUAUUCGUGCCACUAAGCAGACUCUACAAAAUCUGAGGAGUGAAGAAAAGUGGCUGGAGAUUUGGAAGGAAACUGUUGAGUUGGGUACAAAGCUCAACAUAGCUGUGUCACCUAUAAGGUGUAGAAGAAGGCAGCGUUUACCAUCUCAUCUUUCCAACUGUACAGUAGAAGGACCAACAGGAGUUACCAAUACCAUUUCCGAGUAUCGUACACUUGCCUACUAUGCCACUAUUGAUACUCUUUUAGAUGAGAUGAAUAAGAGAUUUAAUGAGCUCAAUCUCACUCUUUUACAGUCACUACAGGCACUUGUACCUACCUCGGAUAAUUUUCUUGAUUUGGCCUCUCUUCAUCCUUUUUUGUCACAUUACAGUAUUGACAAGGAUGGACUAGCAUCUGAAUUAUCUGUUGCUACUACUCUUUUAAAAGAAACAUCUCCUCUAUCCACGUUACACCAUGUUUAUUCUCAUCUUUAUCAAGUGAAGGAGUGUUUUCCCCAUUUACUACAAGUUCUACAGAUUGCCAUGACAAUUGGUGUUACCUCAGCAUCAGCAGAACGUUCUUUCUCCUCUCUAAAAAGACUGAAGACACAUCUUCGUUCAACAAUGUCACAAGAGCGACUCAACAAUGUUUCUUUAUUACACAUAGAGAGAGAUCUCUCAAAUAAACUCUGGCACAAUCUUGAUGACAUAGUUCUCAAGUUUGCUGAUGCACACAAAAACUCCAGGGCUAACUACACUCCAUUACAUAUAGCAGCUAGAGAAAACAAUAGUGAUGCUGUCCAGUGGUUACUCAGUAAAGGUGCUAUUGUUGACUCAAGAAGUGCUAAACCUGAAACUGUCAUCUUAGGCUGUGAGUGGGAAUGGUCUCCAGUAUAUGGUGAGAAAAAACUUACAGAAAUAGUGCAAUAUGGAUACUACAUAGAUAUUUUGGGUACACUGAAGGGAGUUUUAAGCAAUCCAGCAAUGCAAGACAAAUUAACUUUAACUCACAUGAGCACUGAUAACAUCUAA